AUGUCGAGACAUAACAGAUUCGACCUGAAUGGCAGCGAUCUUGCGAAAGAAAGACAUCAUGCCUUUCUGGGUUCGGCGAAAGUCCAGCUACGACAUAUUGAUGUCGGUUCCAAGGCCAGACUGGACCGAGCCAAAGUGAGGCAACUACGCCGAGUCUUUCGAGUGUACGGCAUUUACCCACUACAGCGGGAAAACCACGUAGAGGUUGUCAUCUCCCACUCAGAUCUCGGGCAGGUGCUUGACCAACACGGCCUGACACUCCAGGAAUUCCGUGAAAAAGCUCCCGACUCGUACCCUACGCUGGAUUUUACCGGGAGACCGCUAAAGUGUCUUCAUGGCAAGCAUCGGAUUCAAGCCGCUCGUGAGGUUCUGCCAUCAUUCCGGCGAUGGUGGAUAGUGGAUUUCUACCUGGAAGGCCUGUCAAACGAAUUGAGCACCAUUCAGUCCGAAGCCUUCGCGCACGAGAACCCGAAGACUAAAGGAGAGAUAUAUCUGAAAAUGCGUCACUACCAGCGAAUCAAUGAUCAAGUGUCCGCACGUCGAUGGAAGGCCCGGCUUAGCCCCAGUGACGUGCGGUGUCUCCUUAUGCUUCAGAAACACCCUCGAGUACAAAGGGCCUUUGAUCAGUUUCUGUCCAUCCCAGCACUCUUGCAUAACGAUGCUUUACUCAGUGAAAUCAUCCAUUACAUGCAGCGAGGCCUCUGGGACUUUUGGGCAACAACAGUCGCACAAAAUGAUAAUAGGAAAAUGAAGCUGAUCGACGCAAAGACCGUAAAGCUCUUGGAAGGCCUCGCUCCGGGCGUAAGCGCGGCAGACAGUACAACGGUUAGUGGCCUUGUGCUGAGCGGGGCAGUUUUGGCAGAUUUCUCUAGAGAUGAACGCGAGGCGAUCAACAACCGCCUGCUAAGUUACAAGGGGCGAAUUCCUUCAUUCGGCCUCUUCUUCCAGGAUGUGUUGUUUCUUGGACUCGGUGCGAAUCGAAUGAAAAAAUUAAUUGACAAAUCUAAAUGGUGGGGCCCUGACGAUACCGAGAUGGGCCACGACCGAGAGCGGAAACUCACGCUUCGAGAGAGGAUGGAGUAUAUGUUUCGACACCGCGACACGGGUAGCAUCAUGAUUCAAACACCAGACGGGGAAGAGCGUGAAGUCAGUGGCGAUGAAGAAUUGCUGUUUGACCUAGCUUACCGACAGCUGUGGCUGUGCGCUUUGCGAAGUUGUAGCGGCAGCCCAGGGGAGGGCCAUAAACCAGCAACUGUCCGCCGCUCGUGGACUCAUCCGCACGAGCGAUACAAGCUAGCUCAGCUUGCCAUGGCCCUGGGCUUUACAUCUAACAGUAUAAGUCAACUUACGAGCCGUCCUUUUGAGCCGGAAUAUCCCCCCUGGUACGAAUUUGAUGACCGCCAUAGAACCAUUGAGCUCAAGCGUUGCGGCAUUCCCUACACAAUCACAUUUCGAGAAGACAGGAAAUCGCUCUUCCUGGACCGGAUUCAUCAGGCAACAUCGGAUUGUGACGAGCUGGACUCGGCGUUCAUUCUCCGUGAUAUAUAUAUCUCAUUUUUCGGCGAUUUGCCAUCCUCUGUGUUGGGAAGUCGUCAAAGACCUAGAAGGGAUGGUGGUCGUGGUCAAACCUCUGGAGCCUGGUCAUCGCCCACGUCCAGAGCACAAAAUCGACCUUCGUCUGGAGCGGCUUCAUCUUCUACGACAAUGCCUCCAUCCACAACGAUGCCUGUACCGACGCCCCAGCGAGAAACCGGGCACCCGGCGACACCAGCCGUGGGCAUGAAUCCGCAGGCUAAUUCAGGAACAGAGCAGAGCGCACCCGGCCCAUCAAUGCAUAGAGCGGAAGUCGAACAGCCAGGAUCCCGUCCAACAAUGCCGUCGGAGACUACGGAAGCAACAACCAUGCCCCCCACCGAGCCUCCUAUGACGCCCGAAGAAACUCGGGAUUGGCGUUCGGAGUUAGAGGCCUUGACGGAGAAUUUGUGCAAAUUGCGAGAUGAUAUUGAUGACCUUGGUCCUCGGUUUGACGAUCCACAAUUCACCGAUCAGCAAAGUGCUAUGACUGAGUUGCAUAAGCUGGAUGCUGUUAUCGUUGAACCUACGGACAUCGAUAUGCGUGGGAAGUUGGGAGCAAUCGGGGCAGAAGUCACCAAACGAUGCUCGGAUAUACAAAGCGCAAAAUCGCACAUCCACGUAGUUAAUGUCAAAGUACAAAGUGAAAUCCAAAAAUUGUCGGCAUUCACUCGGAAUGGAGAAGGGAGAUCCGAGGGUAGAGCGCAGGCUGUACAGACUCUUGCGGGUGCUCGAGCUGUUUUCGAUUCUUCGAAAACAGAAUACCAGAAGGUGGACACGUUUCUGACCAAUGUCACGUCCCAUAUACAGCCCCUACAGCAACAGAUUGGGGGCUUUAAAGUCUACCUUCUGGGGAACUGUCUGAUUGACCUUCAUCAUAAGUUCGAAAAUUGCUCCUCAGAUAUUGAUACCAUCAAGCAAUCAGUGGCGAAUCUAAACACGAAACUCGGUCCUUCUGCCAGGCCAGCCUCACUUGAAACAGAAAUCAAAUUAUUGAAUGACAUUAGAGAUGCUGCAAGCACUAGGGUCAAUGCAAUAUGGCAAGAACUAGAAACUGUCCAUGGGGCGUUCCAAGAGGCUGGCGGAAAGCCUCCCUCACUUAGUCCACGAGAGUGCGAAAGUCUGCAACAAACUUCAGCAACAAGACUUGAGAUGCUUAAAGGGGAAGCAGAAAACGCACUUACGACAUCGAAAAAGCAGAUCCAAGACGUUAGAGGAAGACUACAGGCGGACUAUGCGACGGUUAUGCUCCGCGGAAAGGAUGAAAUCCAAUCUCAGUUGGACUCUGAGAAGAUUGCCCUCGAAAAGAUGAAAUCAAACUACGAAAAAGUUCAUAGUUCUGUUGAGGAAAUUCGCACCGCCCUUCAAGAAGACCGGGAAAGCCUCGAAGAGAUUAUUGAAGACAGUAUUCUGCAGACAAUGGGUGAUCUUAUGGCCAUCGAUCAUCUAGACGGUGUCGCCCUUUCAAUGCAAAAAAUGCAGGAAGCACAUAGCAACAGUGUGGAUCGAGUGCAGAACAGAAGUUUAUCCCUGGAAAUUACCCUGGACACUCAAGCGGACAUCUGGGAUGAUUACUUGAAUAUUAGGAAAGAUAUUGCCCAGCGGAACGUGGAGCAGGGGAAUCUGCUUGGAUGUAUACAAAGGCAACGAGAAAGUGUGCACGAGUUUUCCGUGCUAACGACUGAGACCUUGCAAUCAAAAAUUUCCCCUUUGUUGGAAAAAGUCGAGUCGAAGGCUUCAGAGACAAGACAUCAACUGGAAGUAGUGAGGGCAGCUGAGAGCUUGACCGCAGCCAAGCAAGCCAUAGAAUCGGCGAAGAAAGCGGCAGACGAAUCCAUGCGUUGGGCUAAACAACUGCAGGCUGUUGCUGAGCUGGCAAAAAAAGGGCCACAUGAUCUCCGCGAACACUCACAAAAAGGAGCAGACGACGCAACGACCUCAGCAGAGGAAGCCGAAUCUGCAGCUAAAGCCGGGCAGCUAUUCGUGAAUGUUUGGGAGAAUGCGGACCAGAAGAUGAAAAGUUUCCUACAGAGAGCCAACAAGUUGAAAGACUUAUCAACCAAACAGUGUGAACCAGUUCUGUCCCAGUGGACGCCUACCCAACCUCACGAUGUUGCAAAGGAGGCCCUUCAUAGAGUGUCAAACCUGGCACAUAAAACAUGUAGCCUUCGCAAAGAAAUGGGGAAUGAAAUUCUUUCCAUACUCGACAGGGUCUGCGACAGUGAUCAGCCACGGCUAGCGGAGAUAGUGAAUCUUCGUGUGCCUGAAGUUGAAGAAGAAACAAGAAAGACUCUGACCGCUGCGUUCGAUCUUUUCUACUGUGUAGCACAAAAGACAAGUGAUUACACGAAAGCAAAAAAGAUGGCAUUCGGGAAUUUUUCUACCUUGGCCGACAAAUCAAUCGAAAGCAACGACAUAGAUUUAUGGUUGAUCGUUGUCCGUGAUGCUCGGGAAGCAAAGGAAUAUUUAGACAAAACUGUCGACUUGGCGGAAAGGGGAAUGAAUGAAGCUGAUCGAUUGAAGAAAUCUACGGUCGAUCAGGAGGGUUCCAAAGGGGCAAUACCUGAACUGGCUCUCCAGCAGGUUGAGAAAACGAGGGAAUGCCUGCAAUUCGGGAAAGAAAAUCAAACCAAGGCUCACCAGAUGCUCCAAGACAUUGAGAUCAGUUGGUCGAGAGCUUUGGCUUCUAAAAAAAAGGAAACAGCACAAGAAGUGUAUGACCGCGCUUGCGACGCUGUCGGCAAAAUCCAACCGCAUCAUUCCCUCAACGAUGCUGAAAUAACCCGGAAUGCUUUCAAGACCAUGGAAGACCUCUUUAAAGUCACUGAGCAGGAUUUUGAGAAAUGUUGUGGGCCUAACGAGAGAUUCGAAGAGAUUACUGAGCAGUUUGCGAACGUGACGAAUAGAGCAAAGUCGGUCAUCAAGGGUGCGGAAGCAGUGCGUAGUCGCGUAGAAAGCGGCCAAUUCAACACGGCCCAGGGAAACCGCUCUGACGCGGAGGUGACUGACCUGCAAACAAAGCGGACUCCUACCUCUGAACAGGAUCCAGUGGGCGACCCGUCUACAUUAAAAAACAAAUCGAGGGGAAAAAGGAGCCGAGUCGGGGAACCCCCUCGACGCAUGACCCGCACCCAACGGAAGCACCAAUACGUGUUCAUUAUCAAAACUAUUGAUGGAAAGCCCACCGCAACGUGGGAKAGAGAACUUCAUUAUACUGAGGCAGGGAGAGCACUCCAAAAGGGUCGAGAACUCUGCGCGCGUGGCAGACUCUGCGCACUAAAUGGAGAAUUGACGAAGCUUGGCUUCCUGAACCCUUCAGGAUUCGAGACCAAUAUUGUCGACGGCGGAAAAGUCUUCUUCCUUGGGGCGGAGGUCGAAUUUGAGGGAGUCGACUUUGACUUACUGCUUAAAAAGGCCCAAGAGUGCUAUGAAAGCUGCCCCUAG